AUGCCCGGCAAGACGCCCAAGAGCAACGGCAACGAGCCGAUUGAAAACGGCAUCAGGAGCAACGCCGACAUUGACAUGAAAGACGCUGGUAAGACCAAAGGAAAAAAGAGUGCCAAAGACGGCGACGAGGAGAUGACUGUUGUAGUGCCCCCUUCAAAGGGUUCAAAACAAGCAUCCAAGCAGCCGCACGAUGCUGACGGUGACGUGUCGAUGGGUGGCGAGGAUGCAGCCGACAACGGCGAGGUCAAGGUUGAUCCUGCUGUCCAAACAGUAGCAGAUCGCGCUGUUGCAUUGUUCGAUGCUAGGUUUUCUCUAAGAGCCCUUCGAUCCAUCUCUCUGAUUCGCAAGCACCUGACCGCCGACAUUAUCGGCCAAGCCAUUGUCGACACCUUCCCGGCUACCGUCACGUCCGGCAACAUUGCGAAAAACCUGCUGGUUGCCAUGGGCCGGGAGAGCAUGUCUCUAGGUCGCCAGUCUAGUUCCGAAAUGGAUGUUGACUCUGUUGUCGAUACCAAGGCCUCUAAGAAUGGCAAGAAGGAGAACAAAGAAAUCAUCCCCGAGAUUGACAUCUUCCUCGGAAUCCUGAUCCAGGUCCAUCUCUUUGACACCAAGAAGUAUCAGCAGGGUGCAGACUUCUCCAAAUACCUCUCGGACCGCAUUCAGUCUCUUAACCGUCGCACCCUCGACUGCCUCUCUGCAAAAGUCUACUUUUACUUCUCUCUCUUCUGCGAGCACAUCGCACCCCUACCACCAUCCCCCGACUCGCCAAUCGUCUCUAUCCGCCCCGCCCUGCUCGCGGCUUUGCGGACCGCCGUGCUGCGAAAGGAUAUUGACACUCAGGCGUCAGUCAUUGUGCUGCUCUUGCGAAACUAUCUCUUGACUUCGCAUAUCAGCCAAGCGGAUUUGCUCGUUUCUCAUACUCAAUUCCCUGAGAAUGCCGUCAACAACCAGGUAGCCCGGUUCUUGUACUACCUUGGCCGCAUCAGGGCGAUCCAGCUGCGAUACACGGAGGCGCAUGAGCACCUGACUGCUGCCACUCGCAAGGCGCCGUCCAGUAACUGUGCCGUUGGCUUUUCACAGACGGCCACCAAGCUUCUGAUGGUUGUCGAGUUGCUGAUGGGCGAUAUUCCCGAGAGAGCCACCUUUCGACAGCCUGCUCUGGAGGACGCUCUGCACCCGUACUUCUUGCUCGUGCAAGCUGUACGUGUCGGCAACCUGGAGGACUUUGAGACUACGAUUGCAGACCACGCUGAUACGUUCCGGCGUGACGGAACCUACUCCCUUAUCCUUCGUCUUCGACAGAAUGUCAUCAAGACGGGUAUACGUAUGAUGUCGCUAUCCUACUCUCGCAUCUCGCUGCGGGAUAUCUGUAUCCGCCUCCACCUCGGCAGCGAGGAAUCUGCCGAAUAUAUUGUAGCCAAGGCUAUCAGAGAUGGCGUCAUUGAAGCUACUCUAGAUCGCGAGCGUGGAUUUAUGAAGAGCAAAGAGGUCGGGGAUGUCUACGCCACACGAGAGCCUGGAGAGGCAUUCCAUGACCGAAUUCGGGCUUGUCUCACCCUGCAUGACGAGAGCGUCAAGGCCAUGCGUUUCCCGAUGAAUCAACACCGCCUGGAGCUUAAGAAUGCCCAGGAGGCACGAGAACGUGAGCGCGAAAUGGUCAAGGAGAUACAGGAAGGCGAUCUAGACGAGGACGAUCUGGGCGGAGACUUUGACGGCAUGUAA